AUGCAGUUCUCCGGAUCCCUUGCCAUUUUCGCCAUCCUGCCCGCUCUGGUCGCGGCAGCUGAGCCAACCAACUACCCGAACACCACCAUAGUGUGCUCCAACGACGCUCGAAACAGCUGCCCGGAGAGCGCAGACGGCAAAAGGCGCUGUCUCGUCAUAGGCAACAACCUUUGCGCUACAACUUGCCAGGACGGUCCAAAGUGCCCCGAAGGCUGCAAGACCCAGGGCUUCGUCUACGGCUAUUGCACCAACGGAGACUACGAGUGCAUUUGCUCAAACUACGACGCGAGCGUGAGCCCCAACUAA